AUGAUAAAUACAUUGAAAUCGUGUCGUUCGUUUUGCGUUGUUUAUCUUGAUGACGUAAUAGUCUUUUCACAUUCUUUCGACGAACAUCUUGAUCAUCCCAACCAAGUUUUUGCCGCAUUACGUGAUAAACAGAUCGUCUUAAACCCUCCAAAAUGUGAAACUGCUGUUCAAAAAAUCAACUACCUGGGCCACACUAUUACAAAAGAUAGUGUGACACCAAUGAAUGAUAGAAUCAAAACGAUAUUAGAAAUUAAAGAACCAAGAACGUUACCACGAGCAAGCAAAUUCAUAGGAGCUUUGAGUUGGUAUAGAAAAUUUCUCCCUCAUUUUGCUACCCUCGCAGCCCCUAUCCAUGAUGUUACAAAUUUGACGAAAGCAAAUAGACAUAAAUUUAAAUGGAAAGAAGAACAAAGAAAAGCAUUUAACAAUCUCAAACAAAUAUUAACGUCUCAACCACUAGUUCUUAACUUUCCUGUUGAUAACAAACCAUUAAUCCUGACAACGGACGCAAGUGCCAUUGGGAUAGGCGGAGUAUUACAACAUGAAGUCAACGGUCAACCACAUAAUUUAUACUAUCAUUCCCAACUCAUGACACCAUGUGAAAAACGUUAUAGUACCAUAGAACAGGAGGCACUUGCUAUCUACAAAUGCUUCGCGAGAAUGCGUCCUUUUAUACUCGGUAGAAGUAUUAUCGUCAUGACCGAUCAUUGCCCGCUAUGCAACAUCAUGAAUAAAACAGUUAGAAACAUAAGAGUUGACCGAAUUGACAAUUUAAUCCAAGAAUACAAUAUCGAUCAGGUUAUUCAUAUAAAAGGCAGAGAAAAUUGCCUUCCAGAUUAUUUAUCGAGACAUCCAAGAGAACAAGGUGAUGAAUUAAAUGAUAUUGAUUAUGGCAUUGCCAGUAAGGAGACUGCUCCUUUCCAGCUGCCAGUGGCAGUAGGAGCAGAAGACCAAUCUCCUUCUCAUCCAAAUUUAUUAUCGGCAAUGACACUAAGAACACUAAAAAAUCAAAAUGUUAGAGCAACAACGACGACAGAUAACAAUUCACCUGAUCACUACGACUUUGACGCUGAAAACGAUAAAUUCCCGAAUACACAAAUACCAUCGAAUUUCACUUCAAAUCAUUUUGACGUUAUGAAAUUACAAGGCGAACAAGACAAAGAUAUCAAUAUUCAAAAUAUAAUUGUAAAUCUUAAUAAAAAUUUACAAAAUUCUUCAUAUGUUAUAAAAGACAGCAUUCUGUAUAAGCUAAUUUCACCGCCACGUUAUUCUAAAACAAAGAUUGAAGUAAUUUAUCUCCCAGAAUCAAUGAUUAAACCACUUCUCUAUGCCAUUCAUAAAGAUCCUAUGACUGGCGGUCAUUUUUCAACAGACAGAACGUACAACAAGAUUAAAACUCAAUAUUGGUGGCCACGAAUGAGAUAUAUAAUUGUACAACAUAUCAAAGUUUGCAUCCUCUGUCAACAAUAUAAUUAUAGUCGUCAGAAAAAACACGGUCAUCUUCGUCCUAUACCACCACCAGAAGGACCGUUUCAAAUGAUUGGAAUUGAUUACUGCGGUCCAUUCAAAAGAACUCCUCGUGAAAAUCAGUACGUCCUCGUGAUAACGGAUUAUUUCAUCCGGCACAUUACCGCUUUAACCCUACCCGAUUGCACAGCACACACUACCGCUCAAUCAUUAUUCAAUGAUUAUUUUUGUAAAUUUGGAAUUCAGUCCGUGAUAUUAAGUAAUCAAGGACCACAUUUUCGAAAAUAUACAAAAAUUGAUCGGCUACAACCAUAUAUUCAGCGCACCAUACCAUCCGCAAACUAA